GGCCUCGAGCUCCUCACAGGAGCGGGCUACUUCACUCACUCGCUGCUGUACUACGGCUACUACAGCAACGUCACCCUCAAUGAUCCCUGUGCCUCCAGCCCCAACAGCAGCACGUGCCCCCUCGCAGCCCCCCCGCUCCCAUACAACAUGCCGCUGGCCUACGUGUUCAGCGUUGGGGUCUCCUUCCUCGUCACCUGCAUCCUGCUGGUGUACAGCAUGUCCCGCUCCUUCGGGGAGAGCUACCGCAUAGGCAGCUCUGCGGGGGACCUGGCCAUCAAAGUCUUCUGUGCCUGGGACUUCAAGGUGAUCCAGAGGCGCUCAGUGAAGCUGCAGUGUGAGAACAUCCGCACCCAGCUGAAGGGGCACACCACAGUGCUUCUCCUGGCCUGGGCCCUCUCGCUGAGCACGGUGCUGGGCUGCGUGCUGGCUGUGCACUACUUCUCGGAGCACAUGCACGUGUGCUGGGAGACGUGUGUGGGGCAGGAACUGUAUCGCUUCGUGGUGAUGGACUUCAUAUUCACCCUUCUGGACACACUCUUUGGGGAGCUGGUCUGGAGGCUGAUCUUGGAGAAGAGGCUGAAGAGGAAGCAGAGGCCCGAGUUUGACAUCGCCCGAAACGUGCUGGAGCUGAUCUACGGGCAGACCCUAACCUGGCUGGGCGUUCUCUUCGCACCACUCCUGCCGGCCGUGCAGACGCUGAAGCUGCUGCUGCUGUUCUAUAUCAAAAAGACCAGCCUGAUGCAGAACUGCCAGUCCCCCAGCAAACCCUGGCAAGCAUCUCACAUGAGCACCGUCUUCAUCACCCUGCUGUGCUUCCCGUCCUUCCUGGGUGCAGCCAUCUUCCUCUCCUACACCAUCUGGUCGGUGCGGCCGUCAGAAACCUGUGGUCCCUUCCAGGGGCUGGAAAGCAUCUACAAGUCGGGGAAGACCUGGGUGCAAGUGCUGGAGAAGUCCAACCCGAACAUCACCUGGUUUGCCUGGGUCCACCAGCACCUGGUGGAGAACACCUUCCUCUUGUUCUUCGUGUCCGGGGUCCUGCUAGCCGUGAUCUACUUCAACGUCCAGGUGGUGAGAGGCCAGCGGAGGAUCAUCCGCCUGCUGAAGGAGCAGAUUGCCAACGUGC